AUGUCUGUACGAGUGGUGGCCCGAAUCCGUCCGCUACUGGACGGCGAGCACGAGAAGGACAUCAUCGUCCGCGGAGACAGCACCGAGGCUGGAAAGCCCAACACGAUUGUCAAGAUCCCAAGCCCCAAGAAUGGCGCCGAGGAGUUUUCGUUUGCGUUUAACAGCGUCUACGACCAAUCGACAUCGCAGGAAACCCUGUUCACUUCAGAAGUACAACCGCUUCUCAAAUCGCUCUUCCAAGGACUUGAUGUCACCAUCUUUGCCUACGGCGUGACCGGCACCGGCAAGACACACACCAUGCGAGGUGGCCUGAAACUGGCUGACCGCGGCGUCAUUCCUCGACUGCUCAGCGGCGUAUUCCGACGCGGCAAGAAAAUUGCCAGGGACUCGGACGACGAGACAAUCGUCACAGUGGCGCUUUCAUACUACGAAAUCUACAACGAUAAAGUCUUUGACCUGCUGGAGCCUGCCGAGCAGCGUACGCCGAUGGGCCUACCGCUGCGUGCUGAGGCCAACGGCCGCACCGUCGUUUGUGGCCUCACAGAACGCCGCUGCGACGACCUCAAGGACUUUGAGAAGAUGUAUAUCGAAGCCAACAACAACCGCAUCACCGCCGCCACUAAGCUCAACGCCCAUAGUAGCCGCAGCCACGCCAUUCUGCGCGUCAAGGUGACGCAGACCGGUCCCGACUUUAUCCGCGAAAGCACCGCCUCAGCUAUUGACUUGGCUGGCUCAGAGGACAACCGCCGCACGGACAACGGCAAGGAGCGCCUCGUCGAGUCGGCAGCCAUUAACAAGAGCCUGUUUGUGCUGAGCCAGUGCAUCGACGCCAUCUCGCGCGGCGACCGGCGCAUCCCCUUUCGCGAGUCCAAGAUGACGCGCAUCCUCUCCCUCGGGCAGAACAACGGCAUCACCGUCAUGAUACUCAACCUGGCGCCGCUGCGCAGUUACCACCUCGACACCUUGAGCAGUCUCAACGUCAGCUCGCGCGCAAAGCGCAUCGAGGUCCGCGAGAUCGAAAAUGAGGUCGUGUACAAGCAGUUCCCGAAGUCGAGCACGGCACAUACCGGCCUCGGCGGGGCGAAACGUCAGCCGCUACAGCCGCUGGCCAAUGCGCACAAUGUGCAGAGCGGAAAUGCGGCGGCGGCGCGGCCCGUCAAAGCGUUCAGCGUGUACACGGAUGAGCUGAAGCCCAUCCCUACCUCGCGGCCCUCGCUGGCCACGUCGGACAUUCGCAAGGUCAGCCCCGUGAAGCGCGCCUCGGAGCAGGAGUCGGGCAUCUCUCGACCAUCGAAGCUGGCCCGCCCGUCACUGCUACCCUCCUCUUUCGCGUCAGCCGGCACCCAAGGCGCUAUGAGCAGCCAAGGGUCCAUCACCAUGUCUGCCGCGCAGAUCGAGGCCAUGGUCGAGAAGAAGGUUGCCGAAGUGCUCGCCGCGCGCAUGGCCGCCGAGCAGCAGACCACGACUGUCAUGGCGCCGCCUCCGCCGCCGCCGCCGUCACAGCCCUCUCACGCCGCCGUGCAGAGGCGUCUCGAGGCACUAGAGCGCCGCAUCGAAGCUGACGAGCGACGCGAGGACUCCAAGUCGGACGGUCUGCGGUAUCUGCUCUCGGCGCGCCAGCACAAGGAGAGCGGCGACGAGGCUUCGGCGCUAAAGGCGUACGAGAUGGCGCUGCCCUUCUUUCCCGGGCAGACGAAGCUGGUGGGCAAGAUUGAGCGCCUGCGCGCGCGUCUCGGCAUGCCCCCGAUGGCGCCGUCGGCCCCCGUCGCGGCGGCCGCAGCGGCAGCGCAGGCGGCGGGCGAGGAAACGACGUGCAUCCUGGGCCAGGCGGCGGCGGCGCCUGAGAGACGGCGCAUGUCGCGGCUGCCCGUCAUUCACGACUCGGCGAGCGAUUUGACGGCGAACCUCGACGUGACGAGCACGAUUUCAUUCGACUUUAACGCGCGACAGAGACGCAUGUCGCGAUUCAGCGUGCAUCCCAUGUCGGCAAACUAA